AUGCGUGUGAAGGUAUUCCUGGGUCAGAAAUACGGUUAUCGUCCAAUUCCAACAUACGUUCUGAGCUCGGAGUUAGAGAUGCUCCGAGCCGACCUUGAAACCCAAGGUAUGGAGGUUGAAGUGCUGGACACCUGGUACAAAAAGGACAGCAACGCUGUACCACCGACAAGUGUCUUGCAGCCAAUUUCCUCGAUUCUCAAGAAUUUCAACAACAAGCGAAUUCCAAAGCUGCAGGCAGAAGACCAAGCGAUCUGGUGGGACACAAUGCUGAAGAUGCAGAAGCUAUUCCGAAAAGGUGCUCAGUCCCUCUUCAACGCUGGUAAAUUUGACAAAGACACGAUGCACAACUACUUCAUGUCUGUCACCGAGCGAGAAGUUAUAAACGGCAUCCUAAACGUCAAGAACACGAAGAACCACUGUUUGGCAUACGUCAGAUACAUAAACAAUAUCAAUCUCCAGAAUUUGCGGAAGGCAGGUCUCUUCCUGGACAUUGCUAACAGGAGUUUAGACAACGAGGCAGCAAGAUUGCUGGCUGAUCUUCGAGACGAGAGGCUCCCCAACAAGAUUGAGAGUGGAAAUCUUCAGCGAUAUACAGUAGAAUGGAUCGGACGCGAGGGACUGGACCCUGAGACCCACGGUGAAUACCUCCAGCACUUCAUCACCCACUUCUACAGGAACAUGGUGAAGCUAGUGGAUAGAGCAAUGAGAAAAGAGGACAGCUCAGCUCAGGGUCAAAUAAUCACAGAGCUGCUGCAGCAUCUGCACGCGUGCAACAACUCAGUGAAAGUCUUCUACGGGCGUGAAGACUCCCUGGAGAAGAUCAAAACGUACAUGCUGGGGGAAAGUGAAAAGCCAUUGGUGCUUUAUGGUGAAGGGGGUUGCGGAAAGACUUCGCUCUUAGCAAAAAGCGCUGGUCUCAGUAAUUCAAACAAUUGGCUGUCAGGAAAGAAACCGAUCAGUGUCAUCAGGUACCUGGGGACAACACCCGACAGCAGCGCACUCACUCCCACUCUGAUCUCCAUUUGCCAACAAAUAUCUUACAACUUUAUGCUUCCUUUCGAUGAAAUCCCGGACGAUCUGGUGCCCCUGACAGCGCACUUCAAACAUCUUCUCACUCUUGCCACCUCUCAUCAACCGAUUCGCCUGGUAUUCUGGACGGGAAGCCUAGAAGACCCAGUCAUGCAGCUCAACACAUAUCUCUCAUCACGACCUCUUGAGUCUCUAAAGUUUCGAUCAGCGAUGGCACUCACCAACGACAAGCGAACUCUAUACGCUUGCAGCUCCGACGACGACUUCAGAGUAACAAAAUUUACAAUCUCCGAGGAUGAAUCACGUUGGGAAAGACAAUGUGACAUGGGGAGGGCUUAUAAUGACGAGACAGAGUACCUCCUGCAGUUGAAAAUAGAUAGACACGAGGAGACACUCCUGGCGACAACAGGAAAUGGCUUUGUCGUAUGGUUUUUGGAUAACGCGUCGAAACCAGCUGUUCUCUCAUUACCCAAUGGCGUCAGGAAUAUCAACACCAGAAUGCUAUCGUCCAACUCGAUAAUGGUGAGUGGCACGAAGAAUUAUGCAGUGGCGGGUGUCAGGAAGAAUCUCUAUGUCUGGUGCUUGGAGACGUCUAAUCUCGUAAAAAUUCUGGACGCUCAUUUUGCGAGGAUCAUCCAACUGGAGGCACUCACCAUCGGCAACUGGAAUAGCGUUAUCACCUCUAGUAUCGACAGAAGUGUUAAAGUAUGGAACAUCGACAACAUCUUCGAGCAGGUUCAUGUUAUCGAUCGACACGAGUUGCAGAUUGAUUCCAUUUGUCUCGCCGAGGAUUGCAGUCUAGCUGUGACUGUCACCAGGAGUUGCGUUGGAGUGUGGGACGUGCAGUCGGGAAAACUAGUGUCAAAACUAGCUGAUAGUCCACUCGGGGCGAUAGUAACCCACGCAUCGAUAACUCACGAUGGAAAAUUCAUUGUUUCGACGGAAUCUGGAAAUCUGUUGAUUUGGAAUAGAAUAACAGAACAGGUGCUGUUUAAAGAGGAACAGCCGGGUAUCAGACAGCUGACACUCCUCCAGGACUCCACCAAGUGUCUUGCUGUGUCGAGACCCUCUAAUCCCAUUGGGGUGGAGUGCAUGAAGACAACAGCAACGCUGGUGAUGAGAAGUGUUCCUGAUGGACGCACUCUGUUCUCGGUGGAGUACCCAGUUAGGAGUCACACGGGGAUGCCCUUCAGGAAAGUAGUGCUCACGUCUGAUGGAGCUUUCCUAGCUGUGCCUGCCGCCGAGAAACUUUCCAGGGACUUUGUCAUUAUUUAUAACGCCAAGAUCGGGGCUCUUAUCAGCAAAAUUCCAAUCAAACUACCUGGGUUUAAGGAUAUUCUCAGUCUUGUUCCCAUGCCUAAUAAAGGGCAAUGGGUCGGGAUCAUUGGAAGUGAUAAAGGGAGCAUCAUUGAUAUAAAUAAGAAGAAAAUCAUCAGGUCCAUUCCAAGGUGGAGUGGCAAUAUCAGCAAAGAUGGAAAGUACACGCUGUAUGCUCCCAGCAGAUCUGCUAAAAAUUUCAUGAAAAGCAUCGGAAAUUAUAUAUAUAUAUAUAUAUAUUUAACGGAAUCCCCGGAAAAAUCUGUUAUAUAUCAACUGAAUUUAUGGAAGAAGAAAAUGGAGAAACAGAAGGCUGCUAUCAAGUUCAAAGCAGCUGCGAGGAUAGCCAGAGUCACUCACGAUCUCACCAUGGCCGUACGAAAUGCCAACUCCCUCGGAGAAACUGCUGACGAGAGCGAGGAAGACGACGAAAAUUAAACUCCAAGUUACAACGAAAAUAUUUGAAAUAGUUUUCUAAAAGUAUUGCUAUCGAAAAAUGACAGAACACUUCAUCUAGUUUCAAUGUUCUAGAUUCUAGAACUUUUUGUCUUCUCGUAGAAUUGAUUUUUACAGAGAUGCUGCAAUGAUCGAAAGAACAGAAAUUCCAGAAUAUUAAACAAAUGAAAACAUGAAUUAAUGGAAUGAAUAAUAAUAAAUAUUAAUAACAAUGCGUUUAAUACAGCAGGAUAAUAAAAAUGUGUUUUUGGAAUUUAUGGAAUUUAUAUUACAUUUAUUUGUGUCUUUUCUCUGUAUUUUCUUGUUUUUGCUCUCGAUUUUUCACUCGAUUCUUGUAUUUCAAUGGGCAUAUGAGUGCAGAACUGAAUUUUCUCCAUUUUUUAAAUCGCAAGAUAUUUGUUAAACAAUAAAUAAUUCAGUAGUGGAGGGAUAAAACGUG